GGGGCAAAGAGGUUCGCGGGACAACAUGGCGGAGGAAACGGCGUGAGGUUCCAACGGGGCCUGGAGAAGGAAUGGACCAGGAUGACAGUGAAGGGGAGGCUGAACUCAGGAAGCAGUCGGUUGGCGGUUGGGGUUUACUUCAGAUCGCUGGAUGCACAGGAUUAACUGCAUAUGUAGUAUGGGCAGGAAUACUGAUGCCUGGUUUCAGAAGGGUCCCUCUAAGAUUACAGGUACCCUACAUACCUGCAAGCCACAAACAGGUGCAAAACGUGAUGACUUUACUGGAAGGCCGGUCUGGCAAAGUGGUGGACUUGGGAUCAGGAGACGGCCGAAUUGUUUUAGAAGCCAGUAGACGUGGCUUCCAUCCAGCAGUUGGCUAUGAAUUAAAUCCAUGGCUCAUCAGGCUGUCAAAGUUCUACGCUUGGAGAGCUGGCUGUUACAGUCAGGUUUCUUACGUGAGACAAGACUUAUGGAAGGUUGAUUUGUCAGACUGCUCGAAUGUCACGGUUUUCCUAGCUCCUAGUGUGCUUUCGUUACUCGAAGUCAAGUUGUUAUCUGAACUUCCAGAAGAUGCCUGGAUUGUUGCUGGUCGAUUCCCUUUCCCAAAUUGGAAACCUUGCCGCACUGUUGGGGAUGGAGUGGACAGAACUUGGCGUUAUAGUGUCAAGCAACUACGACAAGAACAUGUUUCCCAGAUCACACAUGAAGGGACUGCAGUGUAACAUCCGCUGACAAGCCAAUAGUUGCAAAAAGGCAACUUUCAAGAGGAGACAGUUAAAUAAAUUUUUAUUUUAAGCUGCAA